AUGAUGGCGUCAGGAGACUUUGACUCACUGAGCAAUGGACAAAUUCGUGACGAACUUUUGGCUCGUGGCCAAUCUGUUGGUCCUGUAGUGGACACGACUCGCAAUUUGUAUCUGAAAAAGUUGAAGAGAUUAGCAGGAGUGUUGACAGAUGAAAAUGAGGCUGCUGAAGACUCCAAAGUUGAGGAGGAUGUUUCUCAGCAUGAAGCAACAAAUGCAGUGAACAAUUUGGGCAAUGACAAAGAAAAGAACAAUGCAAUUUCACAAGAAGUACAGGAUACAACCGCCACUGUGAAACAGACUCCUGCUGCCAAUUCAUUCGUACGAGAAGCAUCGCCAUAUCGAGUUAGUUCUUAUUACCGUUUUAUUGCUAAUAGUAAAUUGGUGGGAAUUCUUUGGCUGUCUGAAGCGCCGAAGAAAGGCGGAGAGGAGGAAGGACGGGAGUACUAUAUGCUUAAUGAAGAAAGUGAUGAAGCACUGGAAGAUGACGAUUUCUACGGUGAGGAGCAUUCUCGUUACCUAACCGCUGCAGACCCAAGAUAUGUUGCGCCGCAUUCUGUCGCUUCAAAGCAAAAAGAUUCCAAUUCCGGGACUUUUCGGAAACGAAUAAUACCUCUAGUCCUUCGCCUUAUUCUUCUGAUUAGCGCGAUCCUCAUCAGUCUAUACUUCUACAAUUAUAAGCACCCACCAAGAAGUGGUCCCGAUGACGAACUUUAG